AUGUCGGAACAUUCCCAAGAAAACGAACAAAGCAAGCUCGAAUACUAUGCUGCGAAAAAGAAAUAUCGGAACUGGACCAUCGUCGAUAAAGAUCCCAAUGCAGAUAUCGACGAAAUUAAUGAAUAUACCUUAUACAAAUGUAUUCAAUACAACGAGGAGAAUGUUAUUGACAUCGAUUUGGCGGAGUUAGUUUAUUAUGACUUCGGACAAUUCACACUAGAGGACAUAUCAGUAAUCGAUAGACACCUACUACAGCAAAUUCGGCAGACAUUACGCUACAGAGGACUCUGUAUUGCUCCAGGACCCGAUAUUGCAACUGCUAUAUUCAACGCAACACGAACAAGCAAAUAUACUCGAUGGACAGAGGCGCAAAUCAAGGACUUCAUUAAGAAUAACCCCGAACUUGACCCAAAAUUCAGAUCUGGCAUAUGUACCCAUAUGAUUUAUACAGAUUUUGAACAACAACCAGCAUCGCCAUCACUACCCGGAAACCCAGCAAAAUCAAUAGCAUCUCCAGAAAGAUACUACAACGAACUCCCAAGCGGAUCAAUUAAGUUUAGGAGCACUGCUGUGAAACCCUUCUACGAAAAGCCAGAAAACCCUGGUAAAAAGCAAGAAAUCGAACAAGAAGCUAGAACACCUGCACCACUACGACGACCUUUGAGCACCCCACAAGUCAUUAUACAACAGCAACAACAGUUACCACAACCACAGGUAUCACCACCAACUAUCCAGCCUCAUAUGCAACUACGCAGUCACGCCCGAAGUAACCUAUCCAAUAUCAUUAAUAUUGACCAAAUCGACCAAGUCAAAAUUAACCAAAUCGACCAAAUUGACCAAAUCCAAAUUGACCAAAUUAACCAAAUUGUCCAAGGACCACAACUUUCAAUCUUUUGUCAAGACAAGACCGAUGAGGAGGAGCAUAUUGAUUACACAGAUGAAACUUUCUUCGGUUCUGCCCAGGAAAUACCAUCUAUCUAUGUUGAAUCAAGACGCAAGGAGAUCAAUGGACUAAUAGAGAAUAGUGUUUUCAAGACUGUUCCUCUUAGUGAAGUUCCCAAGGGCAUUAGGAUCUUCAACUCUCGUUUUGUUGACGAAAUCAAGAAUGAGGGCACUGAUAAAGCGUAUCCCAAGUCAAGAUUAAUUGUUCAAGCUUUUAAGGAUCAGAACAAGACAUUGGCAUAUGUGCAAUCUACUACCGAUCUUAGUAGAUUAUUCUAUAUUCGACCACCAGCCGAAAUCGAUAUAGGCCCUAAUUUCAUUUUUCAAAUCAUUCGUCCCCUUUACGGCGUCCCAGAAGCUGGAAACCAUUGGUUCAAUACCUAUCACAAUCAUCAUAUCAGCAAACUAGGGAUGGCUCAGUCAACAUACAAUCCCUGUCUCAUGUACACCAAAGACAGAGCCAAAAACGGUUUCGGUAUUGUAGGACUUCAAACUGACGAUACUCUUAUAGUAGGAGAUACCUUGUUUUUGACUCAAGAACAGGAACAACUCGAAAGUGCGAAGUUUCUUGCUAAAAACAGGGAACAACUCACCGAAAAUACCCCUGUCAAAUUCAACGGAGGGAUUAUUACUCUCGAAAAAGACGAAAUCUACCUUAACCAAGAGAAGCAAUGCGACAACCUUCGACUAGUCACUGUCAAGGAGGCUGAUAUCCAUGGCACUAAAGGAAAAGUGAGAAGAUCAGCUACGCCAAGGGAUCAAUAUGUUGCUCACCGGGCACGAGGAGCUUAUAUUGCAUCUGUAUACCAACCAGAGGCGUCGUUCGAUCUUUCUGUUGCUGCCCAAAUUGUUCACCCAAAAGAGAAAGAUACGAAAGCACUCAACAAACAUUCCCUAAAGUUGAUUGUUUUCACAGAUGCAUCCUUUGCUAAUAAUCAAGAUUUAUCAUCUCAAAUUGGCUAUGUUAUUGCAUUAGUUGACAAGGAUAACAAUGCCAAUAUCAUCCACUGGUCAUCCAUCAAAUGCAAGAGAGUCACUCGUAGCGUGCUAGCUUCGGAAGUAUACGGCUUAACCUUCGGAUUCGACUCAGGUGCAGCAAUCAAGGGAACAAUCACGGCGAUUCUACAACUUGAGAAGCCCAUUCCACUGGUGGUCUGUACUGAUUCAAAAUCGGCAUAUGAUCUACUUACGAAACUCGGGACCACGUCGGAAAAGAGACUAAUGAUCGAUAUCAUAUCUCUUCGGGAAUCCUAUGAGUAUAGAGAGAUCACGGAAGUCAAAUGGAUUGAUGGAGAAUCGAACCCAGCGGAUGCUAUGACUAAGGGAAAGCCUUGUCAAGCAUUGAGAGGACUAAUCGACGACAACAAGGUCAGGAUUAAGGUGACGGAAUGGGUGGAACGCGAGUAA